AUGGUCAGUGAUAUCAAUUAUAAUGGCGAACCAAACACUCCUUCGCACAACAAGGACAGCUCAAUACAUAGACUGUCUACAGUCCCUACAUCGGUGACACUAACGGCCGAGCAAUUUGAGAGGCUGUACCUGACCCCAAUGACGCGCCACCAGCCAGCACUGGCCAAACAAGUGGGAAAUCCGACGCCCUUAGCCCUAGGAGGCUUCGUUAUCACUACGACUCCCCUCUCGUGUUGCUUGAUGGCCUGGAGAGGAGCCAGUGGAAAUGGGAUUGCAUUCACCGGCCCUAUCAUCUUCCUUGGUGGCCUUCUGUUGCUCAUAACUAGUAUUCUUGAGUUCGUGCUUGGCAAUACGUUUCCCUGUGUUGUAUUCGGUACCAUCGGUGGAUUCUGGUUCGCCUUUGCGGCUACAAUGAUUCCCGCCUUCAACGCAGCUGCUCCUUAUUCCCCGUCUACUACCGAUACAGGUGCCGGACUUUUGAGUACUGGCUUCAUGAAUACCUAUGCUUUCCUCUUUAUAUCCAUGGCAGUCCUAAUGCUCAUUUUCAUGAUCUGCGCGACACGCACCAAUGUUGUGUAUACACUGAUAUUUCUGUCCCUUCUCUUGGUUUUUAUAUUAUUGUCGUCCGCUUACUGGCGGCUGGGCCUCGGAGAUGCUGCGGCUGGUAAUCGAUGCGUGAUAGGUGCCGGGGCUUGUCUUUUUGCUGCUAGUAUAUUUGGCUUCUACCUACUCAUUGUCCAACUUUUUGAUGCCAUGGCAUUCCCGUUCAAUUUGCCAGUCGGGGACUUGGGGAAGCUUUGGGUUCCCGCCCUGAAGAAGGCCGAGCAGCGCGACCUUGAAAUGGCCACCACAGCUAACGAUGGUUAACGACCAUUCUGGAACCAGACAUUCAUCUGGCCACCACACAGGUUUGGUAUUUCCCUUCGGUGCCAAACUAGGUCAGAUGAGUGAGUCUGCAUUCAACUUGGGCGAUUUUAGCGCUCCAGGUAUCCCCAAUCAUCGACUUCAGAAGAGUUCUAUUAUCGCAGCUCAUACAACCACAUCGCAGCUAGCUUCUACCGAUCCCGCAUUGGUGCGCCCGCAUUGGUGCGCCCAGCUGGAUGCCCUUGAUUAUUUUCUUCGUCACUUCAAGCUUUAACAUUAUCUUGUGAUGACUAAGAUAUAGCCCUAACUAACUAAUUCAUAAGACCUGCCG